UGGUGUCAUUCAGUCUAUUUUGUUUUUGGUUUUUACAAGUGCUUCGCGCAGUAGAAAGUGGUGUUUAUUUGUAAAUAUUGUAAAAUUGUAAAUAAUCAUAAAAAAUCAGAAUUUUUCGUUGGAUGAGUAAUUGUUCUGCUAGUGAACGUGUUUUAUGGAUAAAAACAACGUUUUGGAGACUUUUUGCGUUUUAAAAGGCAACUAAGCCGGGAUGGUGAUGGAAGCCGACCCCAUAGCUGGCAAACACACAGAUGAGAGAGUGCACGGCGGGACGCUGAAGGCCCGAGCUGGUGGUGACGUCAUCUCUCCGGAGCGCUCCGUUGGGACCCUGGACCUCAACAUGUCGUUCGCGGCUCCUUCGAACCUGGUCCUUACGCCUGCACCAGAAUGUCGCAAACUAUCGAGAGGCAUAUCCCGUGCCACAGACAACGAGGGCCUUGUUUGGGCCUUGCGAAACAACACAGAACCGGAACCAAACACACUCAAUUCAGACCACAUACUGUUGCUCCCAGAUAUCUCUGUAUAUCCUCCUGAUUUUAGGACAUUCAUAGAGAAAGAUCUACUGGAGACUGCUACCCUAGUAACGUUGGAAUCAGCCAACAUUCUGAACUGGUGGCGCCACGGCCGCGUCCCGGGCGCCCCUCGCCUGCUACCGCUAGCGACGUCAGGCGACGGCAACUGUCUGCCUCAUGCGGCUUCACUAGCUGCGUAUGGCUUCCAUGACAGACUGUUGGCGUUAAGGACGAAAAUCCAGGCGUUACUGUCCGGUGAAGGCGGUGAAGUGCUUACAAAUGCGAUCAAGCGUCGCUGGCGCUGGUCGGAGGGCAUAUCCCUCCGCUCGGCAGGCCUCACCCCGUCCGAGGCGGAGUGGGAGCGCGAGUGGGCGCAGUGCGUGUCGGCGGCGUCGCCCGAGCCCGCGCGGGCCGCCGCCGCCGCCGCGCCGCACUACGCCGCGCUCGAACACCUGCACGUGUUCGCGCUCGCCCACGUCAUGAGGAGACCUGUUAUCGUCUUCGCUGAUGUUGCUUUGAGGGACUUCCGCGGCGACCCAAUAGCUCCGAUCCCCUUCGGCGGUGUAUACUUGCCUCUGGAACUGCCGGCCAACGCGUGCAGUAAGACGCCGAUCCUACUGGCGUACGAUGCGGGGCACUUCUCAGCGCUCGUGCCCACUGAGCCGCUGCCCAGCGAUGGGGCGCGACUACCGCUGGAAGACAGUGCUGGGAACCCCAUGCCUAUACGAUUUAACGUAGACCCCGGCGAUGAUUUCCGCUGGGACGUAGAACCCGAUCAGAAGACAAUAAACAACCUUCUCCCUGACGAAUACCAACGCUCCUCCAUGCUUGCCGCCUACCUAGACCUCGAGAGGAUCGAGUGUCUCUCACUUAACCAACCGCCGGAAGAGCUCCGAAGAUCCCUAGACGCGCUAUCCACCAAAAGUUCCAAACAAAUGAACUCUGUUGCCAAACAGUUUGGAAGUAUUGGGAGGUCUAUGAGCAGUAAAUUGAAGAAGAACUUUGGUUCAAUGGCGAAGUUGACUGGAAAGAGCAGCGGGAGUCAUAGUAACCCUGAGGAGAGCAUGAUGAGGAGGCAGUCGACCUGUGAGGUCCUGUGCUGCAGAGUAUUGGCAGCCAGGGCGCCUGUACAGGAGGAGAUGGUGAAGAAUUAUUUGAAUGAGGCUUGGAUUGGUUACACAGCCGAAAAGAACCGUAAAGAGCCAGUCGGUCCGAGCCAGCCGCGCUACGGUACAGGACGAUCGCAGUUCUAUGCCGAAGCCGAGAGAUCAACAGCGAGCUCUUCCCGCGCGAGCAACGCCGGUAGCAACACAAACAACGCCGGGACCAACGCGGGCAAGAACGGUCGGGCCACAGACCGCACACUAUAUCUCAGUCGUUCAACAUUCUACGAUGACCGCCCUCCCUCGCCCCGCCCCUGUCGGGCGCCACUAUGCAUGUACUACGGCAGUCCUGAUAAUGGGGACUACUGUUCACGCUGCGCUCGUCUGCAGUAAGUUCUCACGUGUGAUAUGUUUAGGUUAGUCCGGCUAGUUUGUUACCAUAAGUUGGCUGUAUUAUGAUGUUGCUUUGGGUUCUCCGGAUAUAAUGUUCGUUUAAUGGCAGCUUUAGGAUUCUUUUUUUUUUAACAUUGUUGAGAACAUGAUAGUAUUUUAGUCACGAAGUAAUGGCAUAUAUUUAAUUUUAAAAUUUCAACUUCACAGCUUCAUAAUGUGGCUCUUGGUCUGUUAACUAAUGUAAUUUAACAUUUCUGCAUCGCAAUUUGCACGUAUGUUACAUUAAGCUACCAGGCCUGCUAAGAACUUAUGGUAAGCCCUGUUUUAUUCGAUUUAAGAAUUUAAGUUUUUCUAAAAUAAUAUUUUAGAAGGUUGAUUUUUUUAUUCAGAUUUGAAUUUAUUUUUAAGAAUAUUUUUGAACCCGAACACUUUUCUCUUGAACUAACAUUGUAAAGUUAUAGUUUUAAUCGUUAAUAACGUUCGAAUUAAGCUUAUUACUUGAAUAAUUAAAAAGUAAUAUGUUUGCGUGGGUGAUAUUUUUAUUUGUUACUUAGAUUUAGUAAGUCACCUUUGUGUUUUGCCCCACCAUUAAUAAUAUGCAUAAUAAUUAAGUGAGCACAGAUAGUCUGUGAUUAAUAAAUAUCGUAUUACCCACAUUAUCAGGACAAGCUGUAGGCAUACAAAUAAAUGUAAAAAUUGGUUAUAACAACACAAUAAAUUAAUAACUUACUCCAUAUUUGUAUAUGCCUAUGGUAGGAAGAAUCUAUGCGACUGUUAAUAUAUAUUCAAGUGCCAAAAAGUGGCUUCUAAACGUAUUU